AUGCCUCGAUAUGUGGGAGACAAUGAUUCCGCCGGUUUCAUCGAGACGUUCAAGAAUCGCCCUCUUUCCUCUUGGCCUCUCCUCGCGAACAAUACACUUCCCCAAUCACUUGCUGGCGAUGUGACGAUAGUUGGAUACGCCGAUCAACAAUCGAAACUCGCUAUUUCGCACAAGAACAUCACAACACACGCCUUCAUGGAGGCACAUGUCAAGAAUGGAUCCAAGCGAGAGGAUGAGGAUAUCCCUCCAUUCUACUUUCCGGCACUUCAUAUUUCUGGACCCGACCUUGUGUUCUAUGUCAAGAUUAACGGCAACAUCUAUCCGAUUCUAGAGGGUAGUGACGUUGAAAAGGCGCGCGCAACUGUCAGUAGCAACACCAUACAGGGCAAGAUGGACAAGGAGCAUGAGAAGCUGGUGAAAGAUCUAGCUCAGGAGUCAUCAAAUCGCACAGGAUCGACAAAGCCACAACAACCGCCAAGACUCCAAGACUAUUGUCCUACAGGAGUGUAUGUCAGAAUGGUUAUCACCUAUCCCGCGGAGAUCGUCAAGUUCCAGGUUGUUCGCCCUGAUCCAGAACCAGAGCUGGACGUCUUGAGCGAGUCUCCAUCAACAUUGACGACAACAACUUUCCACAUAUCUUUCCAGAGCGACAUGUCAAGUUCCUCGACAGACUCAAGCAACAUAAGCGAUCAGCAACAGAAGAACAAACUGCGAAUCCGUCCAAAAAGUCAAAAAUAG